AUGAACGGUCCAAGCGGCGCCGCUUGCAUAAUCGCGCACACUUGGCGUCGUCGCUGCCACCUCCAGAACACCCAAUUUAGAUACAGAACUUUAUCCUCCAUUAUCCUAAGCCGCCGUCGUGCCGACGCGGGGGCGAGAAUAAACAAGUGCUCCGCGAGCCAGCGACUCCUCUCGCCUCCACCACUCCCUAGCCACCACUCGCUGCUUCACCUCCGCCCCGACCGUGAGCGGCCCGCCGUCGCGAGAUCCAGCGCCGUCUCCGCGCCGCCGCUGGUGCCGCCCAUGACGACGCCGGCGCCCAACCCGACCAUCCGGAGGCUCGACGUCGCCUCGCCGGUGCCCGCCGACAUCGACAUCGCCAACGCCGUCGAGCCGCUCCACAUCGCCGACAUCGCCGCCGAGCUCGGCGUGCCGCCAGAGCACUACGAUCUCUACGGCAAGUACAAGGCCAAGGUACUCCUGUCCGUUCUUGACAAGCUGCAGGGGCAGCAGGACGGGUACUACGUGGUGGUCGGCGGCAUCACGCCGACGCCGCUCGGGGAGGGCAAGUCAACGACUACUGUCGGGCUGUGCCAGGCGCUGGGGGCGUUCCUUGAUAAGAAGGUUGUCACUUGCGUCCGUCAACCAUCACAAGGGCCUACCUUUGGAAUCAAGGGGGGUGCUGCUGGAGGUGGCUACAGUCAAGUUAUACCCAUGGAUGAGUUCAAUCUCCAUAUGACCGGAGAUAUACAUGCAAUUACAGCUGCAAACAAUCUUCUUGCUGCUGCCAUUGACACAAGGAUUUUCCAUGAAGCUUCUCAAUCAGACAAAGCUCUGUUCAAUAGAUUGUGCCCACCAAACAAAGAAGGGAAGAGGCGCUUCGCUGAUGUAAUGCUCAGACGCCUGAUAAAGCUUGGCAUCUCAAAGACAGACCCCGAUGAGCUAACUCCAGAAGAGGUUAGGCGUUUUGCGAGGCUUGAUAUUGAUCCUGCAUCCAUUACUUGGAGGCGGGUCAUGGAUGUUAAUGACCGCUUCCUGAGGAAAAUCACCGUUGGACAAGGCCCUGAAGAAAAAGGUAUGGUGAGAGAAACAGGCUUUGACAUAUCUGUGGCAAGUGAGAUAAUGGCUGUAUUAGCUCUUACAACUUCCCUUGCUGACAUGAGGGAAAGACUUGGAAGAAUGGUGAUAGGCAACAGCAAGGCGGGUGAGCCGGUUACAGCUGAUGAUCUUGGUCUUGGAGGUGCCUUGACUGUCCUAAUGAAAGAUGCUAUUCAUCCCACCCUCAUGCAAACUCUUGAAGGCACUCCUGUUUUAGUGCAUGCUGGACCUUUUGCUAACAUUGCACAUGGGAACUCUUCCAUAGUUGCUGAUAAGAUUGCUUUGAAGUUGGUUGGGAAGGGUGGCUUUGUUGUUACAGAAGCUGGUUUUGGCGCUGAUAUUGGGACUGAGAAAUUCAUGGACAUAAAGUGUAGGUAUAGUGGAUUGACACCUCAGUGUGCUAUUAUUGUGGCCACAAUUAGGGCUCUUAAAAUGCAUGGAGGAGGCCCAGAUGUUGUGGCUGGGAAGCCUUUAGAUCAUGCAUAUGUGAGUGAAAAUGUGGCUCUUGUUGAAGCUGGGUGUGUUAAUCUUGCUAAGCACAUCUCAAACACAAAGGGUUAUGGAGUGAAUGUUGUAGUAGCAAUUAACAAAUUUGCAACAGACACAGACGCUGAAAUGGAAGUUGUGAAAAAGGCGGCUAUGGCAGCUGGGGCUUUCGAUGCUGUCGUUUGCUCCCAUCAUGCACACGGUGGUAAAGGAGCGGUUGAUCUUGGAGUCGCUGUUCAAAGAGCAUGUGAAAGCCAGGCAGAGCCCCUGAAGUUUUUAUAUCCUUUAGAUUCUAGCAUAAAGGAGAAGAUUGAGUCAAUAGCCAAGUUCUAUGGUGCUAGUGGUGUUGAAUACUCUGAACAGGCCGAAAAGCAGAUCGAGAUGUACACCAAGCAAGGCUUCUCCAACCUCCCGAUAUGCAUGGCGAAGACUCAGUACUCCUUUUCUCAUGUUCCAUCCAUGAAGGGCGCGCCAUCUGACUUUGUGCUGCCGAUAAGAGAUGUGCGGGCCAGCAUCGGAGCUGGUUUCAUCUACCCGCUCGUCGGCACCAUGAGCACAAUGCCUGGUCUCCCUACAAGGCCCUGCUUCUAUGAAAUCGACAUCGACACGACCACCGGGAAGGUCAUGGGUCUGUCAUGA